GCAGAGGGAUAGGGGCACAGUGCUCUUUGGGGGUGGCAGGAGGGCACAAAGCCUUAAUUCGAGCUCAUUUCUGUUUUGAAGGACUGUCACCCUAGAGUAGUACAGCAAAGGCUUGGUUACUGCAGUUCUCGGUGUGCUUUCCAAGAAUAAAGUGAAGUUUUUGCUUGAGAAAUACACAUUGGCUCAGCAAAACAAAAACCACUUUUAAGGGUUCUUGGUGGAAAUCGCUCUAUGCCCUAUUACCUGCUUGAGUGAAACCAGACUAAAGAACUUCUGUCAUGGCAGCUUUUCUGCUGGGAGCUGUGUUGCUUAUUGUUCAACCUCAGAUAGUGCCUUCCAGACCAGCUAUAAAUUCAAAUGCUGAGACUUCUUCUCAGUCUGUUCAGAGAGAGCUUUUAAAGAAAACAUCUCAGAAAAAUGACUUCAAGGAAAACAUUCAUUCUAAUGGAUCAUGUCAGCAGCUGCCACAGACUAUUAUUAUUGGAGUGAGAAAAGGUGGAACAAGAGCUUUGUUAGAGAUGUUGAGUCUCCAUCCAGAUAUUGCAGCAGCAGAAAGUGAAGUUCACUUCUUUGACUGGGAAGAUCAUUACAGGAAUGGAUUGCAGUGGUAUAUUAAUCAAAUGCCAUUCUCAUAUCCCCAUCAGAUCACCGUGGAAAAAACUCCAGCGUAUUUCACAUCACCUAAAGUGCCUGAAAGAGUUUAUAACAUGAACCAAUCAAUGAGACUACUCCUUAUUUUAAGAGACCCAAGCGAGAGAGUACUAUCAGAUUACACCCAAGUGUUCUACAACCACAUGCAGAAGCACAAGCCGUACCCAUCCAUUGAACAAUUCCUGAUAAAAAAUGGUGAACUCAAUGUGGACUACAAGGCAAUAAACAGAAGCUUAUACUACAUUCACAUGCAGAACUGGCUGAAGUAUUUUCCUCUUGAUCAUAUCCACAUUGUAGAUGGGGAUAAAUUAAUCAGAGAUCCCUUUCCAGAAAUAGAAAAGGUAGAGAGAUUUCUGAAGUUAUCACCACAGAUAAAUGCUUCAAACUUUUAUUUCAAUAAAACUAAGGGAUUCUACUGCCUGAGGGACGGUGGUAGAGAGCGCUGUUUACAUGAGUCCAAAGGACGAGCGCACCCACACGUAGAUUCCCGGUUACUCGAGAAACUGCAGGAAUAUUUCCAUGAACCCAACAAGAAGUUUUUUGAGCUUGUGGGCAGAACAUUUGACUGGCACACAUUUGUGGCAAGUUAGUGGUAAGCUUCAGAACCUAUGUUCCAGUGUACAGUUAGAAGAUUUAAAAAGGGCAUUUAAGCUAUUAUUUAUUUGUAAAAUCCAUAAAUACUUCUGUACAGUAUUAGAUUCACAAUUGCCAUAUAUACUAGUUAUAUUUUUCUACUUGUUAAAUUUGAAAGCAUUUUGUAUUGUUUUUCAUGGUUGUUAACAUUGUGUAUGAUGUGUCUAUAUGAAGAAACUAAAUUAUUUCAUUGCAGAAGGUGCUCUCUUGAGAAUGUGUUGUCUUUUUAAUAAAUAAGAAAUUCAUUUCAACAGAACAUUUCUGAAUUAUUUGAAUAGUUUGGCCUUCCUGGACUAUUUUCACUAAUUGCUAAUGAAUAUGCUAAACUUUACCGUUCCAUUUUUCUUAAAGUGUGGAUUAAUAAUUUAUUUUCCAUUUGAAAAUAUUAUUGUACUUAAUAAAUUGUUCAAUCCUGCUUUAUGAAAUUAUUUCCUGUCAAAGUGGUGGUACUUACACAUGUUGGGAAAUACACACCCAAAGGACAAUGGCAGUCUCUAUGUAAUUUGAUAUAUUAACUAAUUUGACAUAUUAACUUCUAUACUUAACCUUCAUAUUCACUGUUAUAACAAGUGCUCCUCAAUUCUUUGGCAGCACAGUGCAGGUUUCAUGGCAGAUUUUUAAGGAUUCUGUGGGGACCAGCUCAUAAAAUACAGUUAGCUGGAGAAAUAUGGUCAACCUGAAAACUUCUUACAGUCUCUGAAUGUAUGCACACUUCAUAAAGAGGUAUAGUUGAGAGAAUUUAAGCAAUAUAGAGACUUUUUCAAGGCUGCUUUUGACUGUUCCUAGAUUUCAUAGUACAUUUAUGCUUUACAGUCACUGAAAAUAAACACACCAGAAAAAUUAUUUGGUCUACAUUCAUGAACUUCAUUCAUACAAAUAUUACCACAUUUGUACCCUACUUAAGGCUGUUUUCUAUGAGUUUUCAGUUGCUUCAUGCAACUGAAAAUUGCCUAUGGACUUCUCUUUGUUUAAUCUCCUUCCAAGAACCAUGAUGCCAGGUCUUGAUUAGAUGUGUGUUGUGGGAUUAACCCACAUUCCAGGAACUUUCCUUGUUUUCCAUCUGCUAAAAAUGGAAGUGAGAGGUUAGUCCAUUGGUAAAAGCUGCAGUUGUCCUGAUCUACAGUGGUUAUGGUGUCUUGUUAACCAUCAGUUUCUGGAGUUAGAGUUAAUCCAGUUUCCACACAAGGCUUCUUACAGUACUUUCAAUCCAAGCUACUGAUUUUUAUUUCAUGAUCUUGAGUUUAGUUAUUGAAUGUGCAAUGGCAACACCCAGUAAAUUUGAACUUGUAGCUGGUUGUUACAAUCCUUUAUAAAAUUUAAAUGUAGAUUCAUUCAUUUUUUUUUCUGGUGAGUUAGUGCAAACUUGGGCACUAUGACAAGGUAUCGUCUGGAUGCAAGUAUCCCAUAUUAUGCCUCUUGCAUGAAAAUUUGCAGAUGCUGUCCCUCUCUCUCCCACUCCUUGUGCACCUGCCCAAGCUGUAUUCAACCUCAGAGAGGUUGGUGGUGUUUUAUAAAGCCUACAAUGAAAUGGUAUUGUACUCAAUAAAAUAUUUUCUGAAUUGCA